UCUCAGUUCCUUCGCCAAGGGAGUAACAAAGUUUAGAUCUUUUUUAAAUUCAUGUUGAACAAAAACGGCAGCUUCCAUGAAUUUAAAAAGCAAGCUUCUUUCUUCCUCAAGGAGAAAUUCAAGACUGCUAGAUUAGCUCUAACCGAUGUUACCCAUGCAGAACUGAUGACAGAAGAAGUUACAAAUGGAAAUCCAUGGGCACCAGAUUCCCUAACACUCGGAACAAUUUCAAGGGCUGCUUUUGAGUUAGAUGAUUAUGGGAGGAUUAUAGAGAUUCUGCACAAAAGACUACUUAAAUUUGACAAGAUGAAUUGGAGGGCCUCUUACAAUUCACUGGUUGUGCUUGAGCACCUCUUGACUCAUGGACCAGAAAGUGUUGCAGAGGAAUUUCAGAGUGACAAAGAUGUUAUUAGUCAGAUAAAUUGCUUUCAGUAUAUUGAUGACAGUGGGUUCAAUUGGGGCCUAACUGUUAGGAAAAAAUCAGAACAGAUAUUGAAACUGCUGGAAGAAAGAACACUACUUAAGGAAGAAAGAAACCGUGCUCGGAAGUUAUCCAGAGGAAUUCAAGGUUUUGGGAGUUUCUACCAAAGGCCAAAUCCAGCACAAGGUGGCAUUCUGCGGAAAAAAUCAUUGCCAACCACAUUUGACCAAUGUAACUCUGACUUCAACAACCAUGAAAAUGAGGAAAACCAAUCAUUUUGCUCAAACCAUUGUAUAGACACAGCAGCAUUUAAAUCUUCAAGUCCAAGCCAUCAAGGUGGAAUUGUCAAGUCCCUGGAUCUGGAUAGUGUAGAAACCGAGAGUGAGUUCAGUGAGAGCUACCUUGAUGAUCUGGGUAACAAUCAAAUGCUUGAGAAAUCUGAAACAAGCUCUAAAGAAAACAUGACGCCUAGCAAGAAGGAAUUCCAUCUUUGGAACUUGAAAGCGGAAUCCAAUCCACUUUUGGAUGGUAGCCAAGAGCAUUCCAGACUUGGGAACUUAGUAGCAGAUGAUGAUCACCCCUUUAACUUAACAGAAAUGCAUGCCACUUCUUCCCUUCUUUCUUCCAGAUGAAGCAAGUUGAACAUUGAACUGAAGGCAACAAAGUUUUAGCAACUAUUGCACUUCCAGUGCAGAAAAACCCUUCCAAUUAGGAAAUAUCUAUGGUACUACUGUUGUACCAUUUACUCAGUACAUCUAUCCAAUAAAAAAUGAGGAAUGACUGUCAUGCUUGAAUGAAAAGGAGAAAAAAAUAAUUUUUUUAUCCAAGUGUCACUUAUUCAAUGACAGAUGUACCUACUACAGAUGUACAGAAGAUGAUCUCUUCCAAUUAAGGUUUUAUGGUACAAGUAUUUAUGUAA